AGCGAAUAUUGCUCGUUUCUGUUUAUUAUUAUACAACUACUUUACUUUUAAUUAAAUUUAAGCGAUAUAAAUAUAUGUACUUAUAUAAUAACUAUGAAUGAGAUAGGGCCCAAAGUAAAAGAGGUGAAUGAAAAUAAAAUAGCAGUUGCAGCAGCUAUUAUUCCAUUUUCAAUUAUAGGUGUUUUAAUAAGAGUUGAAUUGGAACGUUUAGAGAACUUCUCUGGAGCACCAGUAUUUGGAUUAGUUUAUGCACAAUGGAUUGGUUGCUUUAUAAUGGGCAUUGCUGCAACAAAUAAAAACCUGUUAUUUUCAUGGUAUCAUCCUUCUCAUCCAGGCAUUUCAACUGGAUUAUGUGGAUCCAUUACUACAUUUUCAUCUUGGCAGCUUGCCAUCUUUAAAGAAUUUGCAAAUUACUAUGCUAAUCCACAUACAAGAGGAAAAAAUAUUUUAGCAGCUAUUUCACAAUUCUUGGUUACAUUGGCCAUGUCUCUUAAUGGACUUCGAUUUGGGCAACAUGUGGGUCAAUGGUUCUCUGAUCAAAUAAAAGAAAGAAGAGUUAAUUAUAUCGAACCAAAAGUGAUUCCUCGAGGAUUUUCUUUACGUUAUUUAACAAAAGCAGACUAUUUACUGAUCUUAUUCGGAAUCAUGAGUUGGCUAGGUGUCCUAUUUGCAGCUAUUUUUGCACAUUACAAUAAAGCAUUGGCAUUGUCAUGUGUCUUUGCCCCUGUAGGUGCACUCACACGUUGGUAUCUUUCAUUUGAUAAUGGACGAAUUCCAUGUUUUCCAAUUGGCACUUUUAUUGCUAAUAUUUUUGGUACAACUGUACUAGCUGCAUUAGGUAUUGUGAAUGCUAGCCCUCAUAUAUCUUCCAUGGCCUGCUCAGUAGUUCAAGCAUUAGCCGAUGGCUUUUGUGGGUGUCUAACGACUAUAUCCACUUUUAUGGUUGAAUUAACUACACUUACUAGAAAACAUAGCUAUAUUUAUGGAUUUAUUUCUGUUGUAAUUUCCCAAUGCUGUAUGUUUAUUAUCAUGGGCUCCUAUAUUUGGUCACGAGGUAAGGUAAAAGAUAAUACUAUCCGUCAUAAAUCAUUAUACCUUGAAAUUGUUGACAAUAAAGAAGUAUACUAUUUAGAAGUAGUACUACCCAUUAAAUGUCACUUUUUCCUUUUUUUGCAUUAA